AUGGCCCGGCGUGCCGAAUCCAAGCACCACGUCGACGCCACUUCUUCCUCCACCACGUCCUCCACAUCGUCCUCCACAUCGUCCUCCACAUCGUCCGGCUUCUCGUGGCCUGCUGCGACAAGGGUGUCCGGCUCUCAGCUGCAGCAGCAAGCCGUCCCUCUUAAAUCCCUCGCUGCUACGGCGUCUCAUGCCUCCACUUCACGAUCCACUGCUCCCCCGACGCUGCCCUCGCCUCUGCAGCCGACGCGCCAGAGUCCACCCUCAGUCCAGCCGCCUGCUUCCACUGCCGGGCCGUCAUCACUCCUUCCCAUCCGGUCCUCGCCCUCUUCGUCCCCGGGCCAUGAUUCAGCACCCUCUUGCCUCGACGAGGCAAUAACUGCCCCGAACCUUGGUCUUGGUGACCACCGCGCAGAUGCCGCCGAAAUGGUACCCAAGAAGACGCCCAUUCUAUGCGCCGUCCGAGGCAAUCGCCCCAAUUCGUCGCCCUACGGCUCUGUAACUGCCUCUCAGGAUGCCUCGGAUGCCUCGGAUGCCUCGGAUGCCUCACCGCCGAGAAGCGAUUCCGAGGAAACCCGCACCGGCACCGGCACCGGCACCGGCACCCACCGUCUCCGUCAGGUUGGUUCGCACGCCCGAAGCCACAAGAGCUUCAGCUCCCGCCGAUCCACCACAACCUCCCGCCAGUCUCUACGACGAUCUGAAGACCUCGACGAAGCAGUUUUGGUGUCGGGACUGGAAGGACCAUUUGGGCUGGGCGAAGCACCAAUCUCCAGCCAAAUUCUGCAAAGCAACAGUGAAGACGAGGCCUACGAGGCCUACGAGGCCUACGACGACGACGACGAUGACGACGACGUUGGCUCCCACAAUGGGCCUCUUCUUGAAGCUGACUGUUCCACGCAGGCGUUUCUCGACCCUGACGAAAACUCUCCUCAUGAAAUUGUUAGAGCCUCAGUGCCGCCAACCGAUAAUACCGCCUUGUCGAUCAACACCCCCCGUAUGUGGUGCUUGUCAGUGAUAUUCUCCAUUCUGGGAUCUUCGACAAACUUGUUCUUCUCCUUGCGGUACCCAAGUGUCGCCAUUACUCCGGUCAUUGCGCUUCUACUUGUACAUCCGCUGGGACAUCUGUGGGAUUUGCUAUUCAAAAGGCCCAGCGAUCCAGAGCACGUUUUUGUCGACGGCGUUCGCCAGCAGACUGCCGCUCGAGGAGGACGUCAUCCUGGGCAGCGGACCAAGCAGCGUUUGUCAUGGCGGCUAUGGUUGGCUCAAGGGAAAUGGAACGAAAAGGAACACACCUGUGUCUAUGUUAGCAGCAACGUCGCUUUCGGCUUCGCCUUUGCCACCGAUGUCAUUGUCGAGCAGACACGGUUCUACAGCCAGCCGGCGCCAAUCACGUACCAACUGCUCCUCACCGUUUCAACCCAGAUCCUGGGCUACGGUUUUGCCGGAAUGGCGCGCCGUUUUCUCGUCCGACCCAGCGGCAUGAUUUGGCCCGGGACUCUCAUGUCUGCCGCCAUGUUCUCGACCCUGCACAAGCAGGACAACAAACCUGCCAACGGAUGGACCAUCAGCAGGUGGAACUUCUUCUACAUUGUGUGGGGCGGCGCCUUCGCAUUCUACUUCCUGCCGGGCUUGCUCAUGCCAGCUCUCAGCUACUUCAGCGUCAUCACCUGGUUUGCGCCCAGGAACGUCGUCGUCGCCAACUUGUUCGGCGUGACGUCUGGCCUGGGCUUGUUCCCCAUGACGUUUGACUGGGCGCAAAUCACGUACGUCGGCUCGCCGCUUCUCGUCCCGUUCUGGGCUGCCGUGAACGUCAUUGGCGGUCUCGCCGUCGUCAUGUGGAUCGUUGCCCCCAUCUUCUACUACGCCAACGUCCUCUACACCUCGUACAUGCCCGUUCUGUCCACCGCAGUCUUUGACAACACGGGCAACGUGUACAACGUCAGCAAGAUCCUGACGCCCGAGUUUCUCUUUGACAGGGAGGCCUACAACAGCUACAGCCGCGUCUUCCUACCAGUCACCUACAUGCUCAGCUACGGGAUGCAGUUCGCCGGACUGGCUGCUCUCCUGACCCAUACUCUGUGCUGGCAUGGCGAAGACAUCUGGCGGACUUGGAAGCGCUCUCUCGAGGAAGCUCGCCAGCAUGCGAGACCGUCUUACCGAAUGGCUUCUUCCGAGGUCCAACCACGUCCCACCUCGUCCAAUGGGGGGGGCCUGAGAAGCGAAGCGUACCGUCGCUCGUCUGCCUCUACAUCAAACGUUGACAAUCUUCUUAGCCGCGAGGACAUUCAUUGCCGUCUCAUGAGUCGGUAUGACGACGCACCGCUUACUUGGUAUCUACUCACAUUUGUCUCCAUGACGGCCAUAGGCAUGUUUCUCGUCGAAUAUUAUCCUGUACACUUGCCUUGGUAUGGCCUCCUCUUGGCUCUAGCCAUCGGGGCCGUCUUCUUCAUCCCUAACGGCAUCAUCAUGGCCGUCACCAACCAGCACAGCAGCAUCUACCUCAUCUGCCAACUCAUCUGCGGCGUCGUAUUCCCCGGCCGCCCCAUCGCCAACAUGGUCUUUGUCACGUACGGAUACAUCUCCUCCGCACAGGGCAUCAAAUUCGCCUCCGACCUCAAGCUGGGGCACUACAUGAAGAUCCCCCCGCGCAUCAUGUUCGUCGUUCAGGUCGUCGCCACCUUGGUCUCGUCCCUCACGCAAAUCGGCGUUCUCAACUGGAUGUUCGCCAACGUCAAGGGCAUAUGUACUGCCGAGGCCCUCAACGGGUUCACCUGCCCCAUCGCGCGGGUCCACUUCAACGGCUCCAUCCUCUGGGGCGUGGUCGGGCCCGGCGAGUUCUUCGGCCCCGGCGCCGUCUACCGCGCCCUGGUCUGGUGCUUCCCCCUCGGCGCCCUCCUCCCCAUCCCUCUCUGGCUGUACGCGCGAAACAAGCGGCACAGCAUCCUCCGCAAGGUCAACCUGCCCGUCGUUUUCGGCGCCAUGUCCUGGAUCCCCCCCGCCACCGGUCUCAACUUCUCCGUCUGGGCAGUCGUGUGCUACCUCUUCAACCACGUCAUCAAAAGACGCGCGAAUGCGUGGUGGGCCAAAUACACCAUGACCCUGAGCGCGGCCCUGGACUCCGGGCUCGCCUUUGGCAUCGUAACCGUCUUCUUUGGCUUUCUGUACCCCGGGUGGAUGAAGAGCUUCAAGUGGUGGGGGACUGAAGUGUACAAGCAGGGUUGUGACUGGCAAGCUUGCAGUUAUAGACUGGUUCCAGAGGGCGAGACUUUUGGUCCGAAACCGAACUUGGCAACUGCAUAA